AUGGACGAUUCGCAGCCAUCUACGUCUGGAAGGAACAGACGUCAGAAAGUUGAUAAGACUGGCAGGCUUUCGGCUUUGGAGAAAUUGAAGGAAACCCGAAGUGGCAAGCGCAAGUAUGAGGUUGAAGAGAUAGAAAAUGUGUAUGACGAGGUAGAUGAGAAAGAAUACAGCACUACUGUUCUAAAGCGUCAACAGGAUGACUGGAUAGUCGAUGAUGGGAAAAGUGGUUAUGUGGAAGAUGGGAGAGAGAUUUUUGACGACGAUUUGGAUGAAGAAAGCAUUCAAGAUGCGAAAAGACAGAAGUAUAAUAUGUCUGGUCCUAGGAAGAAAAGAAAAGAAGAAGAAAAGAAGAAAGGAGAUAUUCAGAGCAUGAUUAGGAAUAUGCCUUCUAAAAAGGGCAUCAAUACAGACUACAAGGAUGAUGAUAUUUUAGGAGAGUUGCUCAGUGAGAUUUCAACAAAUAAGAAGACAACUGAUAAUUCUAAGCCAAGAGAAAUGAAAAACAAAUUUUGCCACACAGUUCAUUCAGAUCUUGCACACAAAAAUCAAUCUUCACCUGUAGACCAAGAGGCAAACGACAAAAGGAUAACUCAGAAGCUAGAAGUGAAUAGUGCAAGUCAGAUAAUUGAGGAUGAUGAUACAGCUUUGAUAUUUGAUGCACCACAAAAGAAAAGUACAAAUAAACCAAUAGGUCCUAAUGACAUUAGACGAUAUCAGAAUACGAACCAGAGAAUUGAUGAAGAUACUAAACUCGAAGAAUCACAAAGAAACGCAAAUAAACAAGCCGAGUCGAAAGACACCAAAACUUGCCAAAAUGCGAGUCAGAUGAUCGAUGAUGAUUUUGCGGAGGAAGAGUUAUUUAGUAAGUCGGAACUGUCGUCUAUAUGUUCAAAAGCAGAGAAGGAAUCAAAUUUGGGUCCGAAUGAGUGUGUUGAGGAUCUGUCUAGUAUAGACUUCGACGAUGGGAUCAUGGACGGAGACUUUUCCUCACCAGUAAGCAUCGUUAAACCUCAGAAGAACGGGAUGAACGUGCAAAAUGCUACGUGCAAGACUUCCGUCAAAGGUAUAAAGGUUGGGAAUGCGGUCGAUUUGACGGAAGUAGCGCCGCAAUUGGUCAAGACGAAGGACGAGGUGGAGGUGUUCAGAUUUUACUAUCUGGACGCGUACGAAAACCCUUACAAGAAUCCCGGAACUGUGUACCUCUUCGGCAAGACCUACGUACCGAGUCACGAUACGUACUGCUCCUGUUGCGUCAUGGUGCACUAUAUACCGAGGAGAAUAUAUCUCUUACCCAGGAAACACUUGAAGACUUCCAAGAGCGGAGAACCCCAAUUAACUACCAUGGAAGACGUGUACAAAGAAUUCGAUGAAUAUGCCAACAAGAUGCACAUAAUGGAAUUUAACUGUAAAGAGUCGAAGAAGCAUUAUUCCUUCGAAAAGGAGGGUACACCGAAGACGUCCGAUUACUUGGAGGUCAGGUAUAACGCGCGUUAUCCAGCGAUCAACGCCGAUUACUCGGGUCCGGCGAUCGAGCGUGUCUUCGGCACGACAGUGAACCCGUUGGAACUGUUGCUUGUAGAAAGAAAAAUCAAGGGGCCUGGAUGGCUGGACGUCAAGAACGUGUCGUCUAACGCAGGGCGUUUCACUUGGUGCCAACAAAUAGUGGUUACUUCAGACAUGGACAACAUAUCGCUAUGUUCUGAAGAGAAAGCCAAGCCGCCGAUGGUGAUAGCGACGUUAAAUGUGAGGAUGUCUUUGAACUCGAAGCUACAGAAUGAAGUAGUGAUGGUCGCGGUAUUAAUUCAUCAUAAGUAUAACGUCGACAAGGAACCACCAAAGCCACCUUACGACCGUCAGUUUUGCCUUGUUACACGGCCACGAGAUAUCCCAUGGCCACGGCAAGUUCAGGAUAUGCUACCUAGAAUCCAGAAUACCGAGAUAAUCAAGUGCGAAAUCGAGAGUGAAUUGCUCGAAGAGUUGUUGACGUUGUUGCAAAAAGCAGACCCGGAUUUGAUAAUAGGCUACGACUGUGCUUUUCAGUUCGACGUGUUGAUGCAAAGAAUGUUCGCCUUGAAAGUGCCCAAUUGGAAUAGAAUGGGAAGAUUAAAGUCAACAACUCCUCCUCUUAUUAGGGGCAAGAUUAUUCUUAACCAAGCGUUCGUCGGCCGUCCGAUUUGCGACAUUCAAGUCUCGGCGAAAGAAUUGAACUUGAAAGUGAGAAGUUACGAUCUAGUGUCGCUCUGCAGUGCGGUGCUGAGGACGAAGGAACACGAGUGCAAGGAGAUCACGCCAGCGGAGACCCCGUCGUACUACAAUACCCCGGAUAAAAUAACAAGUCUGAUACACACGACGUUAAAGGAAGCAAAAUACAUUAUAACUAUAGUAAUGGAUCUUAAUGUUAUACCGUUAGCGCUUCAAAUCACCUGUUUAGCCGGUAAUAUCUUGUCGAGAACCCUAUUGGGCGGAAGAGCCGAGAGAAACGAAUACCUUCUCUUGCAUGCUUUUCAUCUGAAGGAUUACAUAACACCGGACAAGAAGACUGAAAAGAGACGAGAUGACAAUCCUCGUAAGAAGGCCGCGGCGUAUACGGGAGGUUUGGUGCUCGAUCCGAAGAAAGGUUUCUACGACAAACUGGUGCUGCUGAUGGACUUCAAUUCGCUGUAUCCAAGCAUCAUACAAGAAUACAACUUGUGCUUCACCACUGUACCCGGUGCGGCUUACGCUGACGUCGAGGACUUGAGUAUUCCCGACUCAACGUUGGAGACCGGUGUGGUCCCGACUGAAAUUCACAAGCUGGUCAAGAGCAGGCAGCAGAUCAAGCAACUUAUGAAAACGCCGAAUCUCACGCCGGAACAGAAGAUGGAUUACCAUAUCAGGCAGAUGGCCUUGAAGCUCACCGCCAAUUCCAUGUACGGCUGCCUAGGAGCGACGCAUUGCCGGUUUUACGCCAAAGGCCUCGCUGCUUUGAUCACAGCGAAGGGUCGGGAGAUUCUAGAAGACACGAAGCACUUGGUCGAGAAGUUGCAGUACGAGGUCAUUUACGGUGACACCGACUCGUUGAUGAUAAACACCAACAUCUUGGAGUACGACGACGUUUUUUCAAUCGGCAAGAAGAUCAUGCGGGAGGUCAAUAACCGAUACAAGAAAGUCGAAUUGGACAUCGACGGAGUGUUCCGGUACCUGUUGCUGUUGCAAAAGAAGAAAUACGCUGCCGUUACGAUGACGAAGUUGCCGAGCGGGCAACUGCAAUUGGUGCAGGAGCACAAGGGUCUGGACAUCGUCAGGAGGGAUUGGUGCCCGUUGGCCUGCGAGACUGGAAAAAAAAUUCUGGAUAUACUCCUCUGCGACCAGUCGAGCGAUACGCGUCUGGAGCAGGUCGUGCAAAUUCUGCAGAACGUCGCGAAGAGUGUGAAGGAGGGAACGGCGCCCAUGUCGUCGUUCGUCAUCACCAAACAACUGUCGAAGAAUCCGGAAGCGUAUCCGGAUAAGAAGCAGUUGUCGCAUGUGAUGGUGGCGCUGAGGCUGAAUAAAGCAGGCGGCCGAAUGUGGAAGGCCGGCGACACGCUGCCCUACAUCAUAUGCGAGGACGGGACCAACGCAAGCGCGACGGAACGAGCGUACCACAUCGACGAAGUGAAGAACAGCGAGAAACUGAAGGUGGAUGUAAAUUACUACUUGCUGAGUCAGAUAUUUCCCGUGGUGCUGCGAAUUUGCGAGCCGAUCGAGGGUAUCGACGACGUCUUCCUGGCUAAUAAUUUAGGUUUACAAUUCGUUUACAAACCCAAAACGAUAGUCUGCGAGGCGACACUGAACCUGCCGCUGUCCAUCAAUGACGAAAGGUUCGACAAUUGCGUGCCUUUAACGUUUAAAUGCAGAAAUGAACGAUGCAACAGUGAAAUAAUAAUCAAAGACACUGUAACCGAGUUUCAUUCCGGUCGGCAAUUGUCGCUCAGCAUGUGCCCAAAUCAGGACUGCAAGUUGCCACCCUGGAGGUAUGCAAAUGCAAUACAAAAUGCAGUUCAACUUGCUAUGAGAAGAGCGAUCAGCAAAUACUACAAUGGCUGGUUAGAAUGCGAGAAUCCGCUGUGUUUAAACAGAACCAGGAGGCUACCAUUGGACUUUGUUAGAAAAUUCCCGAACUGUCCAUUGUGCAAGGAUAUUUCUAUGUCUAGGGUUUAUUCCGGGACGGAGCUUUACAAUCAGUUGUAUUACUACCACAAAAUGUUCGACAUUGGACAGCCGGUCUACAAACAUCUACUGUCGCAGUGCCCACGUGACAUGAUAGCUGUGUACAACACGCUGAAGGAGGCGAUUGACAGACAAUUGAAACGAAACAAAUUCUCGUGUGUAGACAUUACGGGAAUAUUCAGCAGCGUCAAUGUCAAUCCUCGCGCAGGUAUAUUCGGUAACGCUGGUUCGCAAGAGGACUUUUAUGAAUUGGGCGAUCUGUCCGAUGACACGGAUAAGGAAAUUUAAAGAGAAACUGAAAAGUUGUGAAAGAGAGCUCAAUGCACUUCCCAUGGAAUGCCCAUCUUUUAAAUAUACAGGCCAACAAUACCCAGGUUUUCACGUUCCCGACCAGAUUCCUCUAGUAAAAUCAUCUCGUUUUAAUUAUUUAAGUGAUAAAUUU